UAUAACCUUUACUUUUUGAAGCUUAUCCGAAAAUAAACAGCUGAUUUACAAAUAUUGAUGAAAGUAAUAAAUAAAAGUUUAUUCAGGUAGUUUUUUAUUUCUACCGCUGCUUAGAUUAAGUAUCAUGAGGUUUCGGACGUUAUCUGUACUUAAGCGAAUAACAGAGAUCCAGGGUAAACGACAUAUUAAUACAAUGGGAAACAAAAGAAUAGCAGUAUGUCAAAUGACAUCAGUAGCGGACAAAGUAGCGAAUUUAAACGUUGUUAGUCAAUUAAUAAGGGAUGCUGUUAAGGAAAAUGUGCAGGUGAUAUUUUUUCCAGAAGCAUGUGAUUUUAUCUGUGAUAAUAAGCAAGACACACUUAACUCGGCUGAAUCAAUAUUAACUGGCAAUACUGUUAAGAAGUAUAGAGAAUUGGCAGCGGAACACAAUGUUUGGUUGUCUAUGGGUGGAGUGCAUGAAAAGAAUGAAAACGAUCCGAAGAAACUCUUCAAUACACAUAUAAUAAUAAACAAUAAUGGUGAUAUUGUUCAGACAUACAGAAAGAUACACUUGUUUGAUGUAGAAAUACCGGAGAGGAAUAUAAGGCUGAAGGAGAGCGACUUUUGUACUCCUGGUAACCAGAUCGUGGCGCCCGUUGACUCGCCUAUCGGCAGGAUUGGUCUAGCCAUCUGCUAUGACAUGCGGUUCCCAGAACUGAGCACGGCUUUAAGUAUAAUGGGAGCUGAGAUAAUUACUUACCCAUCAGCUUUUACUUACGCCACAGGGUCAGCGCAUUGGCAUGUUUUAUUGAGAUCGAGGGCGAUAGAAAACCAAUGUUAUGUGGUAGCAGCAGCUCAGACCGGCGACCACAAUGCGAAGCGCCGCUCCUACGGGCGCGGCUUGUGUGUGGACCCGUGGGGCGAAGUGUUAGCCGAUUGCGGGGAAUCCGCACCGAGCUUCGCGAUCGCGGAAAUAACAGACAAGAUAGCGAACGUCAGACGGAACAUGCCAGUGUUUCAGCACAGACGACCGGACGUCUAUUCUCUCUACACGUUAAGCUUGCGCAACACACUCCCACAAGAGCAUUCACAUCAAGUCACACCGCCCGAGAAUCGAACCCAACACACGACGUCCGGACCGGCGAAUGCAUUCGGACACGUGAAAGUGCCAGAAUCUUGCGUCUUCUAUAAGACCGGUUUGACAUAUGCGUUCGUUAAUAUAAGGUGCGUCAUCCCCGGUCACGUGCUCGUAGCUCCGAUACGUGUGGUGGAGCGUAAUAAGGACUUGACUGAUGAUGAAGCCGAUGACUUCUACAGGACAGUUCGAUUGGUCCAAAAUCUUAUGGAGAGAGUUCAUGAAACACAAUCGUGUACGAUCACUAUACAGGAUGGUCCAGAUGCGGGUCAGACAGUUAGGCAUCUGCACUGUCACAUAAUGCCGAGGAAGAAAGGAGAUUUUAUUGAAAACGAUUUAAUAUAUUUGGAAUUGGCUAAGCAUGAUCAAGUUAAACCUGGUCAUCCAGCAAAGCCGGUUAGAAACUUAGAAGAAAUGGAGCAAGAAGCGGCGAUGUUGAGAGAAGAAUUGAAGAAGAUGACAAAUGACAGCUAGUUGUUGAACAACAAAGAAUGUUAUCGUUUUGUAAAUAAAGGCUACAAUCGCGUAAAUGUUUGAUAAGAUUAUAUUAUUGUUUU